GCUGAAUGCGUUGCAGCCGCCCGUGUGCUUUUUGAGGCGGUGUCUCACUCCUCUGCUUCGCUUCCCCUUUUGAUGGAAGAAGCCCCGAUCUUGAAGCGGGGUUGGAAAAUGAACGCAGUCUGCUCCCACGUAAGAUGUGCCUUCGUGCGCUUUCCAUUCUCUCUUCGUUAUUUUUGUUCCGACCUACGUCAUUGGUUCUACAAAGCUGUCUUCAGUACAGAUGGGGAACUAUGUAGCAACCUCCUGCAACUCCGCUUGGUUCAUACCAAUCCGGGACUUCCAAAUCAGUACGAACUCAGCCUAAGUUAACCUUGAAUGGCUUUAUUUAAAGAUCAC